GGCACCUAUUGAAAAAAUAAAAUUCACGAGCAACAAAAACGAAAGAUGACAUUUAAAAACAGAUUAAAUUAUCCGAAGGAGACCUUGGAUCUUCUGCAGCUACUCGGGCACGGCUGCAAGCGCAGGGAGCUAAUCUUGAACCAGAGAUCUGGAGAAACCCUUGGCACCCACCGCCGUUCAUUCAUCCCCAUCGCCUCGAGUUGGAAUUGACCCCUCAUUCAUGACUUUUUUGCACAUCCACCUUGUCCAGAUGCACCAACCCGAAAGAAAUGUUAUGCUUUUUUUUUUUUUUUUAACUUGACAAGCAAAAAAUAGAACAAACGCCAUUCCCCUGGUGGUCCUUUGCCCACGUCAACUGUGCAUGCAGGUUCUGAUACGUGGUCCAGUGCCCCUCGAUCGCGCAAUUGCAAUUUUCUUUGACCGCUAUUCGAACGGAUCCUUCACCGUAUCCUCUUAUGUUUUCAAUGAGAGUGGUUCAUACAAAUUUGCCUGACAGCGGGGUUCAAGGGCCAAGCAUGCAUGCUUCUAAGGGAACAAGAGGAACCGGCCUUCAUCAGAUCUUUCCGUCAUUGGUCCGACGGCUUCAUUUUCCUAGAUCGCCCACGCUCUGGCAUCACCCUAUCCGAGGCCCCCCUUUGUUGUGCAAUUUGAUGAGACCAAACCCUCCUCAAAGUCGUCAUCCCCUUUACCCUCGUUGGGCACUUCUAAUACUAUCCAUCCGUCCCGCUGAUAGGUUCGGCCUCCUGAGGGUCAGAGAUGAGCAGGUUGACCACUUUCCAGAGCCGUGUCUGGAGGUGUUCAUGAUCAAAGCCGCCACCGGACGAAGUUACACC